CCAUGAUCCAUUACAAGUGUGCGCUUCAUCUGCGUCAUUGUAGAGUCGGUUGAUUGUCCUUUGAUUUUGUAGCGACGUUAAGGCGGCACUUCUUGCAUCAUGGCCGAAGUUGGUGAUGAAAACGAAUUGUUGGACUACGAAGAGGAGGAGACAGAAACCCCAGCUGAAGCGCAGGCGACCAAAGAUCUGGCAAAGAAAGAUGUUAAGGGUACCUACGUCAGUAUCCACAGUUCUGGCUUCAGAGAUUUUCUCUUGAAACCAGAACUUCUUCGGGCCAUCGUUGACUGCGGAUUCGAACAUCCUUCAGAAGUUCAGCAUGAGUGUAUUCCUCAAGCAAUCCUGGGCAUGGAUAUUAUCUGCCAGGCCAAAAGUGGAAUGGGGAAAACAGCAGUGUUUGUUCUUGCAACGCUUCAGCAGCUAGAGCAAAUUGAUGGCCAAGUCAGUGUGUUGGUUAUGUGCCACACACGAGAGUUGGCCUUCCAGAUCUCUAAAGAGUAUGAAAGGUUUUCUAAAUACAUGAAUAACAUCAAAGUUUCAGUGUUUUUUGGCGGCAUCAGCAUCAAGAAGGACCAGCAGACCUUGAAAACCAACUGCCCACAUAUUGUUGUGGGUACCCCAGGCAGAAUAUUGGCACUGGCACGAGAGAAGUCAUUAAAUCUCAAACAUAUCAAGCACUUUAUCCUUGAUGAGUGCGACAAGAUGUUAGAACAGCUUGAUAUGCGAAGAGAUGUGCAAGAGGUGUUCCGCAUGACUCCACAUGAGAAGCAAGUCAUGAUGUUCAGUGCAACACUAGCCAAAGAGAUCCGCCCUGUCUGCAAGAAAUUUAUGCAAGAUCCAAUGGAAGUUUAUGUUGAUGAUGAGACAAAACUCACCUUGCACGGCCUGCAACAGUACUAUGUCAAACUCAAGGAUCAGGAGAAGAACAGAAAGCUUUUUGACCUUUUAGAUGUAUUAGAGUUCAACCAGGUGAUAAUCUUUGUCAAGUCAGUGCAGCGCUGCAUUGCCCUUGCUCAGUUGCUGAUUGAGCAGAACUUCCCAGCAAUUUGUAUCCAUAGAGGAAUGGAACAAGAAGAAAGAUUGUCUCGCUACAAACAGUUUAAAGAUUUCUCCAAGAGAAUGCUGGUAGCCACCAAUCUGUUUGGUCGUGGAAUGGAUAUAGAAAGAGUUAACAUUGUGUUUAACUAUGACAUGCCAGAGGAUUCGGACACCUACCUUCACAGGGUUGCUAGAGCUGGACGUUUUGGCACCAAAGGUCUUGCCAUCACCUUUGUCUCAGAUGAAAAAGAUGCUAAGAUAUUGAAUGAAGUCCAAGAUCGCUUUGAAGUAAAUGUAGGAGAACUCCCAGAGGAGAUUGACCUUUCAACAUACAUUGAACAUGUACGUUGAAUUGAUGAAAGUCAAUCAUAAGUGCAGGAUCUUGUAAAUUAAUAGCAUAAGAAGUACCAAGGAAAUUAUUCUGCUCAACUUUCCAUUCAUUUUUUACAUAAAACGUGAGGUUUCAGGAAGGUGUCUCUUUCUGAAACAUUUUAUCUAUCAGUUAGUACUUGUGCAUAAGCACAGGCUUUUUUUCUGUUUUUAACAAUGUGUGUAUUUUUACUGAUCAUGGAAUAAAUGAAUAUAUAUGAAAUGUG